AUGGCCCUUCUCUUCAUCGAUAACAGCACGUUCACCGACCGGCGGUCACAGCGACUGAUCCGCAGCCAUAGUAUAAAGGGCAAAAAUACGGGCAAAGUGAUCCCAGCUAGGGGCCACCGAAGACGAGGCGAAGAACGCGACGAGGAAAGAGAAAAGACGGCGCGGUCGACCAGCAUUGUACGGAGGGGACCAGGAAGACCAGACCAGAAAGACAUGGUAGACUACUCCUUCCGAAGCAGGCGAAGGUCAUGCGAGCCUUGCGGGUCACGCCACUCGCAUCGCCCGUUCAGCGGGUUCGAGUUUGCCUAUUUUACGACGCCGGUGCCGGUCACUGAAACCAGCCGGCAGCCUUCCAUGGCCGAUCUGUACCCUCGCACCUUUUGCCGGCCGUCGAGUGAGAUUGUCACACGCUGGUUCGAGACUGUGAUGACGGACCCUUGUGUCUUCUACUGCGGCGUGGCCGUCACGGCCAUUCAUCGCCGCCAGCUGCUGGGCCGACGCGACGAACCUCUCGACGCGACACGGCACUUGCUCCAGGCCAUGCGCCUGCUCCGGCGUGACCUUGACAACGGAAAAACACGGGAAGCCGGCACGGUCGGCAUGACUACCGUCGUCAUCUCGCUCGCUAUCCGCGCCAAUCUUUUCGGUCUGCGGCCCGGCGGGCUGGUGGCACUGUGCGCGGCCGUGCCUGAGCUUGGCAGCAAGAUACGCCGCACGGAUGCAGAGCUGGCCCUGGCAGCUGGGACGGCGACCAUCUUUGGAUCAUGGUAUCGGUACCUGCCGUUGCCGCCGUCUGUAUCGUCUCUACUCCCCCCUCCCUUGGGCGACGUGAGCAUCGAGCUACAGUCGGUGAUCCAGGACAGUUUUGUGCUGUGCAGCUAUGCCGGCCACCGCCAUGACCAGCUCGGCACGAUUGAGUACCAGGACAUGAUCGUCUCCAUUCUCCAGCGUCUUGUUGAGUACGCUCCGCUCGACGUUCAUUUCCGACCGGCACAUCUGCUGGAUGACGGGUGUCAACUGGGGUUCUUGUCGUUCAUGACUACCGUCCUCAUCGUGAUCCCCAACAUAGCGACGAUGCGUGACAACACGCCCCAAGAAGACGAAGCACGCCGGCCUACACUGCCCGGUCUUGACACUGUGGACUGGGCCACGCUGGACCAUGCCUACGGCGCGGCCGAGGACACACCCCAGUGGCUGCAGGUGCUCUACCAGGCAGGCUGUGGUGGUAGUACUGAACACAACAAGGACGAAGACGAAGACGAAGACAAAGAAGACAAAGACAAAGACAAAACAACCCGUUCUGCCGCGGACAAGGACGAGCUGCAAACCUACAUCGAAGGACGCGCGCUGAGACAUGGCGGCGACAGUGUGCAAGAGGCGCCCGACCUGCGGAAAGGUCUCCGUGAGAGACAGUCAAAACAGUCAGAGUCGUGA